AUGGCCCGACCCUCAGCGUCAAAAGCGAGGACACUAGGGGGCGGCUCGGGUGGCUCGGCUGCAGGGCGGCUCGGCGGCUCGGCUGCUAGGCGGCUCGGCGGCUCGGCGGCUCGGUUGCUGGGCGGCUCGGCGGCUCGGCUGCUGGGCGGCUCGGUGGCUCGGCUGCUGGGCGGCUCGGCUGCUGGGCGGUUCGGCGGCUGGGCGGCUCGGCUGCUGGGCGGCUCGGCGGCUCGGCGGCUCGGCGGCUCGGCCGUUCGGCUGCGACUGCUGCUGCAGAGACGGCGGCGGCUGCUGCCUCAGGGACGGCAGCGGCCGGCCGCUAGGGGCCGCGUCAGGUGCAGGAGAGGGCCGCGUCAGGGGCGGCGUAGGGGCCGCGGCAGGGGCGGCGAAGGGGCCGCGUCAGGGGCCGCGUCAGGGGCCGCGGCAGGGGCCGCGGCAGGGGCCGCGUCAGGGGCCGCGGCAGGGGCCGCGGCAGGGGCCGCGUCAGGGGCCGCGUCAGGGGCCGCGUCAGGGGCCGCGUCAGGGGCCGCGUCAGGGGCUGCGUAG